AUGGAGAACCAGCCUCUUCAACCGAAUCAGGGAGAGCUGAACUGGCGUCUUAGUGCCCAUCCAAUUACUCUCCUGUGCUUCCUGGGCUUUCGUGUCAGUGCACUGCUGAUGUACCUCUUUGGGGUACUCUUUAUCAAGAAUUUCAUUCUGGUCUUCAUCAUCACACUGCUCCUCCUUGCCGCGGACUUCUACUACUUAAAAAACAUUGCAGGCCGUCGACUGGUCGGCCUCCGCUGGUGGAACGAAGUCAACACCAGCACCGGCGACUCCCACUGGGUCUUUGAAUCGUCCGACCCCACCACUCGCACGAUCAGUGCCACAGACAAACGGUUCUUCUGGCUCAGUCUAUAUGUGGCACCGGCACUCUGGAUCGGUCUGGCGGUCUUGGCUAUCAUCAGAUUGAGCAGCGUCAUCUGGUUGAGUCUCGUCGUAAUAGCACUUAUUCUGACCAUUACAAACACGGUUGCCUUCUCGCGGUGCGAUCGCUUCAGCCAAGCGUCCAAUUUCGCCAGCAGGGCUCUCUCGGGAGGAAUUGUGAAUAACAUUGCUGGGGGUCUGCUGGGCAGAAUCUUCAAGUAA